ACAUUAGUUUGUUGAUAAAUUUGAUAACAAUGUAGUAAAGAUAGUGAAAGCGGUGUACGUAGUACUUGUAUGUAUGAAAUAUGAUUCUUGACUCGCCAGACCAGUCUGUUUCAAGUGAAACUCCAGUUGAAUUUGGAGACUUUCACUUAACAAAGGAUGAUUGGUUAAACUUACCGAACGGGGCUCUACUCUUCAAAUCUUACGAAAAAUAUUUGGGGGACGAAAAUCUUGAACAACUUGAAGAAUAUAAGGAACCAGUAACGAGUCAAGAUGCUUCAAUGGAUGAAGAAGAGUCUCUUGCAUCAUCGGAGACGAUCCCAGAAGAAAAUGGUAAUGAAGGAAACAGGGGAGCUCUUCCAUCCAGUGAGGAAAUAUUUGAGAGGAUUUUGUUGAAGUUUGAUGAAGAAGAUGUGGUUGCUAUGGCAACAAAACUUGGACAAACUUUGCACAAGAUCAGUGAGGAUCAUCAGGAAGAUGACGUUCAUGAUCUUGCUCUCGCAGGAUACUUUUCCUCCACUAUGGAGGAAGAAUAUGACCAAGAAGUGAUGGGAGAAGCAAUCGUAAGCCUUGAGAAGCCCAAAUGUAUGUCAAACAGAUCCAGUAUCAAAAAUCAGAAAAAAACAAACAGAACUAAUCUCGCGACUUAGUCGUCAUUUCAUGAAGAACCGACAUGAAGUUUCAACAAGUUCCAGCAAUAAUUCAACUGAAACAGAAGAUUCAGCCACAAAUGUAACAACUUUGAAGCAAUAUCAACUCUCUCCAGAUCUUUUCCAAGAUUUUUCUUCUUUACAUGGAUCUUGUCCACUCGCGUCUCAUGACAACAAACCCAAUGAAAAUACAUUAGCUAGUGCCAACUCACAACUUUCAAUAUCUUCUGCUCUAUCUACCACACAAGAAGAUUUAAGGGCCGGGAAAUAUAUAUUCAAAUCCGAUCUUAGAAUUUAUAAAGAAACUAUAUCAGAGUAUGAAGCUGGUUCUGAGGUUCACAGCUUAAAAUUCCCUUUUGAUUUUAUGCUUUGGAUAUAUAAGCAAUGGCAGCUAUAGCAGGAUGUGUCAUGUCACUUGUAAAACUUGGCUUGCAUUGUCAAUUUUAUUUUCAUCAUUCUCUGUCUUUGCUGUGGUUGGUUCAUUUUGUAUGGAACUUGUUUUUGCUGCGGAACGUGUGUGUUUUUAUGAACUUGUAUUGAUAUUUUAUACCUGGAAUUUUAUGACUCAUCACAUAACUUUAUUGUGUUAUUGAGUUAACAUUUUUACAUGUCUUG